UGUAGCGUUUCCGGCCAGCUCAGCGCGUCGCUCCUGUGGUGUUUGUCAGCUUCGCAGCCCCGUCAGACGCCGCUCGCCUGCUCACCUGGAUCGCUUGCUGGGCUGCGGCGGAGAAACGACGCUUCGCAGAGAUGGUGCUGCUGACGAUGAUCGCUCGGCUGGCGGACGGACUGCCGCUGGCCGCCUCGAUGCAGGAGGACGAGCAGCUGGGUCGGGAUCUUCAGCAGUAUCAGAGUCAAGCUAAGCAGCUCUUCAGGAAACUCAAUGACCAGAGUCCCACGCGCUGCACUUUAGAGGCCGGCUCGAUGUCAUUUCAUUACUUCAUAGAGAAAGGCGUGUGCUACCUCGUGCUGUGCGAAGCCAGCUUCCCCAAGAAGCUAGCCUUCGCUUACCUAGAAGACCUGCAGGCAGAGUUUCACGAGCAGCACGGGAAGAAGGUCCCCACGGUGUCCCGCCCGUAUUCCUUCAUUGAAUUUGACACAUACAUUCAAAAAACCAAGAAGUCGUACAUUGACAGCCGAGCGAGAAGGAACCUGGGCAGCAUCAACACAGAGCUGCAGGACGUUCAGAGGAUCAUGGUGGCGAACAUAGAGGAAGUGCUACAGAGAGGAGAAGCUCUCUCUGCACUCGACUCCAAGGCCGUCAACUUGUCCAGCCUGUCGAAAAAGUACAGGAGCGACGCCAAGUAUCUGAACACCCGCUCCACCUAUGCCAAACUGGCAGCCGGCGGCGUCUUUUUCAUCAUGCUCAUUGUCUAUGUACGCUUCUGGUGGCUCUGAGAGACGGAAGAAGAAGAAGAAGAGGGAAGGGGGGUAUUGAAGUGGAAAAUGAGCUGCACGGAGUCUGCAGACUCGGAAGAAAAAAGCUGUCACCUUCGACUAAAAACAGGAUCCCUGCUCUUAAUAAGACUUUUGCAGACGUACCACCGCCCAUUUCUGUUUCUCGCCUGUCCAUGGAUGUGUGAUCUGAAUAUAAAUGAUGUCAUAUUACAUAGUUUUAUUAUUAACAGUUAUACAGUAAAUGCUCUCGUAGUUGCCCUGGAUCGGAGAGGAAAUGAGCGAAUGCGUGCGGGUGUAUGAUUAUUAUUUUUUUGUUUGUUUGUUUGUUUUUGAAGUUGAUUCGUGUGCGAGCGUGAAGGGAAAAAUUAAGAGAAGAAAAUGUCCUGUUUUGUGAGUUUCCAAAGCUGUACUGUACUGUAACAGGAGUGGCUGAUUCAACCUUGUAUACUGUCUAAUAAUACAGAAACCAGAAAAAAAUCACAACAUUUUAUUUAUCCUGACCACAUUACAUGGGGAAUACUGUUCAUUUAAUAUAAUAAUCGUUAUAGUGAUGGCUUCAAGGACAACUUACAGUAUCUACGAGACAUAUUUGCAAAACAUUUAGCUUCAGUAGGACAUUAAAUAGGCUUAGUAACAGUAAGUAAUUUAAGUAGACUUUUUAAUACUGUAUGGAAGCCUUGCAAAUCUUAUUCCACCUGCAGAUUUCUUUUACUGGAUGUUAGUGACGCUAAAAGUGAGGGACAGCAGGGGAGAGUUGUUUAUUUUACUCACCCCAUACUCAUAUAUCAGCCUUCCCUUGCAGGUUAGUUAUUUUCAAUAAGAAUAAAUAGUAGUUGCAUGUCAGUUUAGUGUGCACAAGUUGGACAUGAAGGUGCUUUUCAUGCUCAAAACACAACAAACGGUCACUUUUUUCACAUCGUAGCCAACUAAGGGAAGAGGUUUAACAUCGUAGUUCUGAAAAACACAAAUCUAGAUAUUUAUAAAGUAUCAUAAUAGUGAUAAAAUAUGAUCUCUCUGAUAAGUUCUCCCCUUUAAGAGCUGGUGUGUGUGUUGAAGUUUAAAGAGCUGUUUUCAAAGAGACUGGCUGGAAUUUGCCAUAAAUCAAAAAACGCCUUAUGACUUCUAGAGUGCAUUUUGGUAAAAAAAAUGAUCAACUAAUAUUAAGGUUUGUUUUUUAGUUUACCAGAUCUCGAUUUCUUUAUGCAUCUUAUUGUUGGUUAUGAGCCAUUAGAGGUGAAGAGAAACACAAGAGUUUAACCCUAAUAAACCUUUGUGCAGCCCCUAUCCUGGCCUGCAUCCACGUUCUCUUGAGAUAUUCUUGCACCAUGACGGCACCUUUCUUCAAGCAGGCAUUUAUAAAAAAAAAAAAAAAAAAAAAGUGUGUCUGGUUCGGUCCUUUUACUUUGAAGUUUACACAAGUGCAGGCUCGAUUUAAAAAAAAAAAAAGUGGCUUCAGGCUCAGAGUCACAGGUGUGAACAGGCGGCCGCCGUCUGCUCCCAGCUGGAAAAGGACGCCAGCUCUUUUUCUGUUAUGUCUGCUUUCUAUGAAUAAAAUUAUUUGCACAAAAA